GAAUUUGGUUCUGUAAAUAACCCUGCCGCAGGUUUCGGUUUUCAUUUUUCUUUCUUGGUUAUAAAAUACAACAAAUCUUUCCAAAUCAGUAUGAAGUUCUAUGGAUUUUUAAUUUCUCUGGUAGCUUCAGCCACAGCUCUUUUAUGGCCUGGUUCAACAGUCUGGAAAAAUAAUCAGCCAUCUUUUACUAAAGUGUGCCUUUACUCUAAUGACCCAAGCAAAUUUACACCUAUGUGCAUAUUGUGUCCAAAUACUCUGUAUCCUAUCGUGUUGACAACAUGCGUAAUGGGGUCCGUCAUACCUAUGAAUGUAACAUAUACACAAGCAAGCUGUAUCGUUGGAAAUUGUGCUGUGAACAUGAACCCUAAGCCACCAGCAAAACCAAAGAGAGAAGCCGAAGAACCUGAAGAAGACGAAAUCGAACAGAGGGAAAAGUUGGCAAGCAGUUUGUUUGGAGGUGAUUUAUCUUCCCUGCCAAAUGUCUUCGAAGAAGAAAUUCAGGUUCAGUCUGUGCCUUAUACCAUGGUUGUUGAUGGACGCAAUGUCACCAUAACACAAAUAGAAGAGUACUUCGUUCAUUCGGAUGAACAAUUGAUUGAAGAUUCAUUAGACGAGGAAUUAGAAUGAUCAGGGCCACUGACACGACGAAACUGACUCCAAUAGAUGAUACGGACCGAAUUUUCCUAAAUUCUGCACAAAAUGCAUUCUUUUCUUGUUGAUAUUUUAUAUUCUAAUUGCUUUUUAUAAAAUCCAAGAAUAAAGAAUGA